GAACCGGAACAAACGAGACCAAAUAAACCUGAGACGCCGACCUCGCAAACGGCCAACUCAAAUACAUAUCACACUUCUGGUCACUGAAUCACACAACACAAUGCCUGUCCCAUGGGAAGCUCUCAUUCCGUUCGGCCUGCUCACUUCAAUGUUUGCAGCGGCCGGAACGCUCUUGAAUGUUUCCAAGAGGGCUCAGAAUCAGGGCAAGCCUGUUCGAUACCACGUCGAUGCUUGGGACGAGAUGAUGAUGGACCGUGAUAGACGGCUUACAGGACACAUACGUGGACAAUCUUCAAACCCAGUGCCUCCAGAAGGCUUCGAAACGAGUAGCGCUUGGUACACAGAAACUACAGCAUAGCCAUACCUCAUACCAUGCUAUCUCGAAUGAAAUUGUUAUUUAGAUGCGGCGCUACAUGAUACCCGUCAGAUUUGCAGUGGGCGAAGACCCUCCCUCAAAGAAUUUACUGCAAAAGGUAUCAUGCUAACUUGCAAAGAGCCAAAACUUCAUUCAGGUAGUUCUGUUACCCGUUAACAUGCGACAAACCGUCCCAAGUCUGGUUUUUUUUCCUGACCUGGAUGAUCCACCAGUUGUAAUCGAGUAUUUGAACGUAGAAAUCUAGUUUCCUCAUAAAUACUCACAAACCUUUUAUUCCGGCG